AUGGCUCAAACACCCACGUCGCUGCAGCUCAAAGAUGCUGGCAACACGCUUUAUCUCAAGAAGGAUUACAUUGGCGCUUACGCGAAAUAUACCGAGGCGAUCGUGGUGGACGGUGACAAUGCCGUGUUGUAUGCUAAUCGGUCUGCGUGCUGCCUGGCGAUAGAAAAGUACCUCGACGCUGCUGAAGAUGCACAGAAGGCUACCAGCCUUAAUCCGUAUUACCCCAAGGCUUGGGCACGAUUUGCCUCGGCCCAAGCUGCUUUGUUGAGGUAUCAAGGCUCCGUGAUUUCCUGGGAGAGAGCCCUGGAUGCUCUACCCAGGCAACACCUCUCCGCUGCGGAACUCAAGCAGAAGCACGAAUUCGAAGAGGGCUUGAGGUCCGCCAAGUUGUGUCUUGCAAUAGUAAACGAACGCGGUGCUCCUGAGGGUAGUAUCAAGAUUCAUAAGCCAGAUCAGGAGAAGCUGCCCUGGCGGAUCGCACAGAGAAUAUUGCCAAGAAUGCGCCGCCGCAAUCAAGAAGAAGCCUCGAAGAGUAGCGCUUGGGUCAUUGCUAUGGCUUGGGAGGAAUUUGGAGAAGGAGUUAAACUCAUGAGACAACUCAAAACAACGCCGAGAGAGGGUCAGCAAUUCUUGUCUGAAGGAACGAGUGGGGUCCUUCCACUGCUCACAAACGGUAUCCUGAGAGACCGACGAGUAUUCCAUAUAAGUGGUGCCCGGUGGUUUGAUGAUUAUAAUAAACAGCUGGAUUUCGAAGUAAAGGUUACUAAAGCAUGGCCUACCCUCAGUCCGCAACAGGUAUUAUAUCAGGCAAAAAGAGGGUUACGCCAGAAAGGCUGGGAUGAAGUACGGCCUGCCAUAUCAACCACUAUACGAGCAUGGGUUAUGCUAGGACUCCUUGAUUCGCUGGUGGGGAGAGCGCAUCAUGUUGCAUUGGAGCAUUUCAGGAAAGUUAUUGAAGUGCUCGAAUUGGGCCGUGUCUACUGGAAAACCGUUCCUAAGGAGCAAAGGGGCUCGAUAUUUGAUGACGCGUUCAUUCGCGGCAUUCAUGCAUACAGCAAAGAUCCGGGAUUGAAUUCAAAGUUUCAGUUGGCGUUACUCUUUCAAGAGGCAGACGACUUGAUCAAGGAGACACGUGCAGACCAUUACUUGCCAGAGAUGCCAUAUGACCCCGGAUUUUUAUCAUCUUUCUAUAUCUAUCCGAUAGGGGCAGGCCUUGCUGCUAAAGGGUUUUAUCACGCUCAGAUGGCUGAGUACGUGACCACUCGUGAAGAGAUAUUAGAUCACAGCCAUAAAGCUGCUCAAUUCUAUCUCGAGUCUGCGAACACAUACCCACAAGACGAUGAGAACCAUGCCUGGUACCUCCGCUGUGCCGUGGAGUACAUGUGGAAGUGCGGGACGGAACUACGGGUUACACUGGUCGUAUUGAAGCGCAUGCGAGAAGCAAUACCAAAGAUGAAGGAAAUUUGGGGAUUCGUUGAAACUGGGAAGAUGGAGGAGCUGCAGAUGUUUGUGGAUGCGGAGGAAAUGCUUUUAAAAGAGGUUGACAGAGGAAAGGUAACCUUGGGCGACUUGGCUGCCCCUGUGUGGGCCAUUGACAAGAAAGAUAUCGAUAUCCUCCAUCCUGCCUAUAUGAUCAUGUCGGGGACAGAAAAACGAACUCAAAAGGAGAAGGUGUUUACGCCCUACGCAUCUGGUUCUAAUUGGGACUCCGAGGGAUUCCUAGAAGGGCAGUUCUAG